UCUCAUCUUCUCUAUAUUAGCUUCCUUUCUUCUUCUUAUUUUGCGCUGCCAAAACUAACGACUGCAAGCGAAAGAUACGUUGGUGCAUUGUAAACGGAGCCUUAUUUUCUUCUGGGUUGGGAUUUUUGAAUUAGAGCUAGAGUUGAGGUGAAAGAAAGCAGGAUGGCAACUGUUGGCAGGAACUUGGCAGCUCCUCUGUUGUUUCUUAACUUGAUCAUGUAUGUUAUUGCCUUGGGCUUUGCUAGUUGGUGUCUUAAUAGGUACAUCAAUGGCCAAACCUACCACCCGAGUUUUGGAGGGAAUGGAGCGACGGGUUUCUUUCUCACCUUUGCCAUAUUAGCUUGUGUUGUCGGUAUAGUAUCCAAGUUCGCAGGUGGCACCCACAUCAGGGCCUGGAGGAACGACAGUCUAGCUGCCGCAGGCGCAUCUUCAUUGGUGGCCUGGGCCAUCACUGUCCUAGCUUUUGGGUUGGCAUGCAAGCAAAUAAAUCUAGGAGGGUACAGAGGUUGGCGACUCAAGGUGGUGGAGGCAUUUAUAAUAAUAUUAACAUUUACCCAACUCUUGUAUCUCCUGUUGCUUCAUGCUGGGAUGUUUAGCAGCAGGUAUGGUCCUGGCUAUCGGGACACUGAAUAUGGCGUGGCAACCGGAGGAGAGCCAAUGCAUAAGGGUGGUGUUACGGUGGCUGGAACUAGAGUUUGAAAUGACUAUGUUUUAGAUGAUGUAAUACUUAUAGAAUCAUCCAGUGUCAAUCUCAUCCUUUUGUUUGGGACACUUGAGUUUUGGUUGUGAAAGUACUAAGUUGUGUCAUUAUAUCAUAAACAUAUGCAUCUAUGGUAACAUGCUUCACCGUCUUCAAACAAUUGAUGUUCAAUGAUACUUGUUACUUUUGCUC